AUGGCUAUUACAAGAAAAACCUGUCUCGUGACAGGCUGCUCCGCCGGUGGAGUUGGCCCGGCUUUCGCAGAGGCCUUCCGAAACAAAGGCUACCACGUCUUUGUCACAGCUCGCACACCCUCCAAAAUACCAGAAAGAUUACGCGAAGCAGCUAAUGUCACUGUGAUUGCACUCGAUGUCACAUCCCUGGAAUCCAUAGCAUCAGCUGCAGAGGAAGUUCACACUUCAAUUGAGGAAGCCAAGAAGUUGUUCGAUCUCAAUUUUUUUGGCGUUCUUGCCAUGAUGCAAACUUUUAGCCCAAUGUUGGUUGCAGCCCGGGGUUGUGUAGUCAACAAUUCCUCUGUGGGGAGUGUUUUCCCUUUUGCUUUCUCAAGCAUCUACAACGCUACCAAGGCAGCUCUCAAUCAAGCAGGCGAGACUUGGCGCCUUGAAAUGGCCCCUCUUGGAGUUCGCGUCAUCACACUCGUCACGGGUGGCAUUGCAACAAAGUUCUUUGUCAACCUACAAACGCUGACUUUUCCGGAAAACUCUUAUUACAAUUGUGUCAAGGACGUUAUUGAAGACCACACAGAGGAGAAUCCUUAUGGUGUGAAGCCAGAGGUAUUUGCCCAGGACGUUUUAAAUCGAGUUGAAAAGGGGGCCACUGGCAAGCAAUGGGUUGGAGGCGGUGCCAGUAUUGGCAGAUUUGCUUUAUGGCUGCUACCUCAAGGUGUUAUCGACAUGCUCAUUCUGAGUCAAAAACAAUGGUCGAAGAAGCUGGCACAAGAGCAUCUCAAGACCGACUAA